ACUUCAUUUUUCUUUUUUCCUCGUUUAUAGAUGAAGUUCAACUAUCAUUUGUUAAUUUAUCGAACAUCAAAGAUGAUUGAUUAUAUGUUUGUGUUAAUGUUUCUAAUUGAGGGGAUGGUUGAUUAAAGAUGGAAAGAUCCUAAUGAUAGUGAUUUGUGUACCACUAACGUAAUAAUUUAGCGUACUAACUUUGAAUACAUUACCCCCCCCAACAAGUGUUUUAGUACUGCAUAUGUUAAUUGACGCUUGAGCUCAUAAAUUCUAUCAUGUGCUAAGUGGCCCGUACAUAAAUGCUUAAAAUAAAGUUUGCUUAUCAAUCAUGGCCCCAUAAGCCAUUGAAACUGUUCAACAUAGUUCGACACGUAUUGUUAGGUUCGUCGCAAAGAUUCUCGCUGUCUCUGCCAUCUGUUUCCACUCACCACGUACUAUGCAUCAAGUCUCCGUCCAUUACUCCUUUCUUUUCACGUGUCACGAUCAGGCACAACCAGUCCCAAAAAUAUCUUACACCGACCAGAAAACUUUAUUAUAUAACGACCGCAGAACCAGAACCCAUGUUCAUGGGCGUGAACAUGUUACUUGUGAAACAGAACUCACAAUAUAAUGUUUUGAACUAGAUAACAAUAUGCGUUUAAAAAACAUUUUAGACAUGAAAUCUACCAAUAAAGUGUGCUUAUAAUUGUCAAUUAAUUUUAAUUACUGUCUUACCAUACACGAUCAUCAUUACCACCAUAAUAGUAAUUUUUUUUUGUAUAAAAGCUACUGUUUCUGCUCUCAAGUCUUGAAGCGGCUUUGAAGAAGAAAAAAACAUGCACUAUCAAGAACAGAUGGAGUCUCUUAUGUUGGGUGAAGAACGCAGACGUGGAAACUGCGUUAGGGACGCAGAUGAAGGUUUUAACUCUCCGUCUUCUUUUCCUAACUCUCCUGACGAUUCGGACCGUCGCAGUUCAUCUUCUUUCAGGAGAGGGUUGUCAAAACAUUACAAAGGUAAAUCUCAGUCAUUCACAUCCUUGUCGGCAGCGUUAACAGUAGGGGCUCUCGCAAAACCCGAGAAUCCUUUCAACGUUAAACUGAAGCAGCGACGGGGGAACACUCACUGUCGACGGCUCUCCGGAUGUGGAGGUGCAUCGGAGCAAAACUUAGGCGUGCACGACGCUUUCCACUCCGGAAACGGUAGGCCGCCGAGACUUUCCGGUAACAGAGCGCCUCCGAGAGCCCAGACGCUCUCGGCUGCUCAUAUAUCGGCUUUGCUCACUCGAACCUAAACCGGAAAGUUUUUAGCAUUUUUCUUUCUCUAAACCGGAACCGGGUUCCGUCUGGGACGAUGUUUUCCUAGCUUCCGUCUUCUUAAUCGUGUGAAUGUAAAAGUUAUGAAGUAUGUUGACUCCUUUAAUCGUUUUGUAAAUUACAGUUAAUUAAAUUAACUCAAGCCUACACUUGCACCGUACAAGAUAAACAAAAGAUUCUCAAUUA